UGUCCUUACGUGUGAGUGUGAAGAACAUGUUGGCGCCUCUAAAACUCUCAAUUAUAAGUAUGUCAGACACAAAUGGAUGAAGAAGAUAGAAAAUGACAUGCUUCUAUCAGCUAUAUCAAUCCCUGGAACACACCAAAGCAACAGAUACUCUAAAAAGUCCAAUCCAAUGUUCCAAGCAUGGGGACUGCACAACCAACUGGAUGCAGGCGUGCGUUUUUUUGACUUGCACGUGUCCUCCGACCAGGAACAAAAGACCCUUAAUUAUUUUUUGAUCACUAUGCAGACGUUCCUUGUGAAACAGAAAAAAGAGACACUGUUGCUUAGAGUAACUCCAGAUGAGGGUGCUGUUGCUCAAGUCACAGAGUUUUUAAGUCAAGAUUGGCCUUUGUGGAGAGACAAAGAGAUUCCAACUUUGGGCCAGGUGAGAGGCAAGAUAGUCUUGAUUCAGAGUCCAACAUUAGAAUUAGGACUUUCUGUUCAAGUUACUGAACUGAACGCAGACAUGGAUACAAAAGAAACACAAAUGAGAGAAAAUAUCAAGAAAGCUUCACAAAAGUGUGAGCAGGAGAUGAUGCUCACAUACACUGAGGCCAACGGAGAAUCAGGGCCACUAAAAAUCGCAAAAACACUAAAUAAACAAGUUGAUGAUUAUCUUCUCAAUCUUAAAGGAGACGAAAAAAGACCACAUUGUGUAGGUAUAAUUGCUAUGGACUUCCCUGGUCCUAAAGUCAUCCAAACAAUCAUCAACUUUAAUGGCAAAUUAGGGAAGGGGAUUGUAGCUGACUCAGGUAGCAAUGAAGAUGUUGCCUUGCCUGAUUCUGACAUGGAAGUUAAAGGUGGAGAAUCUUCAGCAGAAGGAGAAACUGGCGCUGCGGACGAGGACCACCAGGCAGAAGGUGGAGAAAGUGCAGCAGGAGGAGAAACUGGCGCUGCGGACGAGGACCAUCAGAAGGUGGAGAAAGUGCAGCAGGAGGAGAAACUGGCGCUGCGGACGAGGACCACCAGGCAGAAGGUGGAGAAAGUGCAGCAGGAGGAGAAACUGGCGCUGCGGACGAGGACCACCAGGCAGAAGGUGGAGAAAGUGCAGCAGGAGGAGAAACUGGCGCUACGGACGAGGACCACCAGGCAGAAGGUGGAGAAAGUGCAGCAGGAGGAGAAACUGGCGCUGCGGACGAGGACCACCAGGCAGAAGGUGGAGAAAGUUCAGCAGGAGGAGAAACUGGCGCUGCGGAAGAGGACCACCAGGCAGAAGGUGGAGAAAGUUCAGCAGGAGGAGAAACUGGCGCUGCGGACGAGGACCACCAGGCAGAAGGUGGAGAAAGUGCAGCAGGAGGAGAAACUGGCGCUGCGGACGAGGACCACCAGGCAGAAGGUGGAGAAAGUUCAGCAGGAGGAGAAACUGGCGCUGCGGAAGAGGACCACCAGGCAGAAGGUGGAGAAAGUUCAGCAGGAGGAGAAACUGGCGCUGCGGAAGAGGACCACCAGGCAGAAGGUGGAGAAAGUUCAGCAGGAGGAGAAACUGGCGCUGCGGAAGAGGACCACCAGGCAGAAGGUGGAGAAAGUUCAGCAGGAGGAGAAACUGGCGCUGCGGACGAGGACCACCAGGCAGAAGGUGGAGAAAGUUCAGCAGGAGGAGAAACUGGCGCUGCGGACGAGGACCACCAGGCAGAAGGUGGAGAAAGUGCAGCAGGAGGAGAAACUGGCGCUGCGGAAGAGGACCACCAGGCAGAAGGUGGAGAAAGUGCAGCAGGAGGAGAAACUGGCGCUGCGGACGAGGACCACCAGGCAGAAGGUGGAGAAGGUUCAACAGAAGAAGAAUCUCACACUGCGCAUGAAGAACAUCAUGCCCAAGGUGAACAACAUCCCAAAAAAAAGUUUAUUAAAAAGGUAAAUUGCCACAAAGUUCACAGAAGACCCCGAUCAUCUCCUUUACUUUGAAUAUGGAAACAUUAACAUUAGUCUCUUUAAGAGAAUAAAGAUACCACUUAAAAUUAAAAUAGAUUUACAUUUUAAUCUCUGUGAAUUACAACAAUUGUAUAAGCAGCACUCAAGCACAUUCUGUCAGUCAAAUAAAAUAUACAA